AAAUAACUCUCUUACCACACUCAGCAACUUCCUUUGGCUAUUACACGUUUGGCAGUCACCCAUUGUCCUAUCUUGGUUCUUUGUCCCUCUCAUCGGUGAAAACCCCGCCAUCUUCAUUUCGACCAUUCCAUUGCUCCUCUGCCGCCAUGUCUGGUGUUAGCAAAGCUUGCUGCUCUAUCCCUCCCAUUGUCUCCAAGGACUAUAAGGCCAAGGGUGAAUACAAGACCAUCAAUGGCUUGAAGACAUACGUCACCGGCCCGGAGAAUGCUUCCAAGGCUAUCCUAGUCAUCUACGACAUCUUUGGUUUCUUCGACCAGACCAUCCAGGGUGCUGACAUCCUCGCCACUGCCAAUGAGCAGAAGUACCGGGUCUUCAUGCCCGACUUUUUCGAAGGCCAGCCCGCCGACAUCACCUGGUUCCCUCCCCAGACCGAGGACCACAAGCAGAAGCUCGGCAACUUCUUCCAGACCAAGGCCGCGCCCCCCAGCACCAUUUCUAAGAUCCCAGGUGUUGUGUCGGAAGCUAACAAGUUUGCCCAAAAUGGCAGCUUCGAGUCCUGGUCCAUCCUGGGCUACUGCUGGGGUGGAAAGAUCACCGCCCUGGUCUCGGGCAAGGACAACCAGAUCUUCAAGGCCGCCGUGCAGUGCCACCCCGCUAUGCUCGCCCCAGAUGAUGCGAAGUCGGUCACCAUCCCCAUGGCCGUGCUCGCGUCCAAGGAUGAGAACCCCCAGGAUGUCCAGGAUUUUGGCUCCAACCUGAAGGUUGCGAACUACGUUGAGACUUUCUCCACUCAGAUCCACGGCUGGAUGGCAGCCCGUUCAAACCUCGAGGAUGCCGAAGUCCGCAAGGAGUACGAGAGGGGAUACAAGACUGCUUUGGAGUUCCUCCAUAAGCACGCUUAA